AUGUAUAUCACCCAAACCACUCCAUUGCCGCCAAACACCUCUCUCUCCCUCUCUCUCUCUCUCUCUGCAAUUCGUAUUGAGAGAGAGACCAAACAAGUAAACGAAUGAGUGAAUUAGCCUUCUGACUUCCAUUUUCAACAAACAACUCACCUGAAAAAAAAAUACAUUUUUAUCGGGUUUAUCGAGUUUAUCGUAAUCUUGGUGGUGAGUUGAAUGGAUACAAGAGUUUUGUUAGAGAACAAUGAAGAUGGGUUAUUCCCAAAUUCGGGAAUCGGGUUUCUUUGGUGUUCUAGAGAUGAUCAUUUUUCGCAAUCCGGAACCUUUUUUGCAAGUGUCGGGCAAAUGGGCAGUGGCGGUUUUGCAACUGUAAACCGUAAUUCACCGAAUUCGACAAAAACCAACGAUAAUGAAGGUGUCGAACAUCCAUGUUUAUCCAAGGUUGUUUCGACACCCGAAUCUCGUUUAAAGAAAAAGGGUGGGUUGAAAUUGAAGAUCAAGAUCGGGGAUCCGUCGCUAAGGAGGUUAAUUAGUGGUGCGAUCGCAGGGGCGGUUUCGAGAACUUGUGUUGCUCCGUUAGAGACUAUAAGAACUCAUUUGAUGGUAGGCAGUUGUGGGCAUUCUAGUACUGAAGUGUUUCAAGAUAUUAUGCAGACUGAAGGUUGGACCGGGCUCUUCAGGGGUAAUAUGGUCAACGUCAUUCGUGUCGCUCCAAGCAAAGCAAUCGAGUUAUUCGCUUAUGAUACUGUCAAGAAAAGGUUGACUCCUAAACAUGGUGAAAAGUCAAAGCCCCGUAUACCCGAGUCGUUAAUCGCAGGUGCGGUUGCUGGAAUUAGCUCCACCAUAUGCACAUACCCUCUUGAAUUACUCAAAACCCGACUCACGGUUCAGAGGGGCGUGUACAAGAAUCUAGUAGACGCGUUUUUAAAAAUCGUGAAAGAAGAGGGCCCCACAGAACUCUACCGUGGCCUCGCACCAAGUUUAAUCGGUGUAGUCCCGUACGCUGCGGCAAACUAUUUCGCAUACGAUACAUUACGAAAAGCAUACAAGAAAAUCUCGAAAAAAGAUGAGAUUAACAACAUUGCAACUUUGUUAAUCGGGUCAGCAGCAGGCGCGAUUUCAAGUAGCGCAACGUUCCCGCUUGAGGUGGCGCGUAAACAUAUGCAGGCGGGUGCUGUAAACGGGCGGGUCUAUGAUAAUAUGCUUCACGCGCUUUUGAAUAUUCUUGAGAAAGAAGGGGUUGGAGGAUUGUAUCGUGGGUUGGGUCCGAGUUGUGUUAAGAUAGUUCCGGCUGCUGGCAUUUCGUUCAUGUGUUACGAGGCGUGCAAGAAAAUAUUGGUUGAGAAAGAAGACGAUGAACCGUAAGAACCGGGCCGGGAAGGGGAAGUUGAGAUUUUUUGAAAGAUAAUAAAGAUUUAAAAGAUUUGGUUUUAGAGGUUUUUUGUUCAUGGGAGACUUUUUUUUUUUACAUAAGGAUGAGGAAGAAUUUAACAUGUUUGGCAAAGGGAUUUUUUUUUAUGUAGAUGAUAGAUUCAGAAUGAGAAAUUUGCAUUUUGGAAUGA